CCACAACGUUCUCUCGAACAAUAACCCGGCUUCAGGAAGUUAUACCCCGUAAUAAUCCCUGGCCUCAAGCGUCGCCAUAAUUUUCAAUGCCUGAGUUCGGUAUCAAAAAAGCAAAGGGUCUCCUUCCAUAUGGGGUCAAUGAGCUCGGCACGUGCCGCGGAGGAUCUGGUGACAUAAUUCGACGGAACCGUUAACUCAAGGGUGCGUCAGCCAACCGUCGCCAACCUCGGCCAACCUUCGGCCCAUCCGGCCCAUGCGAUAACAUCUCCCCUCGGACAUGCAACACCAAAUUCAGCAUCAUGAUUGAAAUAGCGACAUCGCCGUCGCCCGUAUCGUCCCUCGUCUUUGCGCUGGUCGCGCUGCUUUGCAUUUCGAUCGUCGCCCUCCUCAUCCUGCGACACUACCUCCCACUGCGAACCACCCCCGCCUACCUCCUCGUCCCUGUAUUCUUUGCGCUAUGGCUUCCCGCGAGUAUGGUCCUGCUGGUGCCGAUAGACCUGGCAUCCAGCGCCAUGGUCGAUGACAUUGAUGCGCGGGGUAUAUGGCUAAAUUGGAGGACCCUUAAGGUGUCGUGGAGGAUAACGUACUGGCUUACCUUUGCCUUGACUUGGUUCAUUCUCCCUAUCCUUGGCGAAUACUCGGACUCCGGAUACCGCGAACCAAAGGGAAAGAUCCUCGACUCCCUCCGUGCGAAUGCGCAAUACUAUGCCGCCGUCUUCGGUUCUGGAGCCCUCGUGCUCAUUUACGUCCUGAUAUCCUACGGUCACUUCUCCGAGUCGCUCAAGAGCACCGUCAUGGCUCUUGCAUACUGCUGGGGAUUGAUUUUGGCCAUCUACCUAAUGGGCCACGGCCUCGUCUCUAUACCCCGACGACUGUUCCGCAACGCGAACGUGAGCGACAGGCUGCGUCGGAUCCAGAUCCAGGCGCCCAAAGUCUACGAAAAGAUGGACGAUGCCGAGAUAGAUCUCGAGGACCUUGAGCUGCAGGUGGCCGAGCUCGGUCGUCGCAAGGGUGGCAGCGCCAGCUUCUUCCAGGAUUGGAUCGAAGAGUUGAUCGACAUGACCAACUUGCCGGAGUCGCAGCCCGGCCGAGUGACCGCUGUCCGAGGCUCCGGGAAUCAGAGUCCGCUCCCGAACGUUAUCACGGAGAAGUACCUUGCUGAGCUCACCAGGCGACUGGUCAGGGCGAGGCACGCCCGCUCAAGAUACAUCAGCGAGUGGAACCGAUUGCUGCAAGACGCUGUCAAGACGCAAGCAAUCCUAGACUCAGCAGCCUCCAAGAAACUAGAUUUCGGCAAAGCUUCUCCCAAUGCGGGCUUCUGGGACAGACAGACCUUCUUCACGCCCUACACGCGCUUUUUAUUCCACUACCACUUGGUCCCGUAUUUCCAGACCGCGCUGGCUGCCAUCCUCUCCCUGGCCUCCGUCUGCAUCGUCUGGUCCGAACUCAUCAAGGGCCUCUUCCCACAGCUCUCGGUCAUCCGUUACAGCGUCAUCCACCACGAAGUCGCCUCCAAAGGCCAGGUCGGCUUCGCCGGUCAGGCAAUCGCCGCCGUAUGGAUGGUCUACAUGUGCGCUGCGGCCCUCAUCUCCAUCACCGAAGUCAAGGUCUGGCGUGGUCGCGCCCUCGUACGCCGCAACACGGCCCAGGAAUCCGCCUUCUGGUACGCCAGCCAGGUCGCCCGCCUCAGCGUGCCCCUGACCUACAACUUCAUGACCUUCCUCGGCAGCAUCUACCGCGACACCGUCUUCUACGACUUCCUCGGCCAGCUCAUCAACCUCACCCCGCUCGGCACCUGGUUCGACUACCUCUUCCCAGCCUUCAUCCUGCUCCCCGUCUGCGCCACCCUCUUCGGCCUCUACGGCCGCGUCAAGCGCGUCGUCGGCUUCGGCGUCGACGUCCUCGACGACGACGACGACGACGACGACAACCAAAACGGCACCAGCAGCAGCAGCAGCCGAGCCGCCCUCAACCGCUCCUGGCGCGAGGGCCGCGACCUGAUCGAGCGCGAGCUCAACGGCACCUCGGCCGCCAUCCGCGCCCGCCGCAGCGACGCCCCACCCAGCGGGCCCGGCGGCCGCCGCCCCGCCCCGAUCCUCUCCAUCCCGCGCGCCGGCCGCCGCGACGGCACCUCCCCCACCGCCCCCGGCGGCCCGACCACCCCCUUCGGAACAUCCCCCAACGCCGGCAGCAGCUAUGCUGCCGCUGCCGCUGGCCGGCCGCAGGCGAAUACCUCGGCGAGGCGCGUCGGUCGUGUGGCGGCCGUGCCGGACGAGGACGAUGAGAAUUUCUUUGAGGCGUUUGGGCAUCGCGUCAAGAAUACGAUUGAUACGCUGGACACGCCGCGGUGGUUGCAGGAUUUUAAGAAGCCGAAGUGGAUGGGCGGGGAUGAUGGUGAUGAUGCCGGUCGGGGUGGUGGUGGAGGUGGAGGUGGGGGAGGAGGGUCGUGGUUUGGUGGUGGUGGUGGUAGUGGGAGCGGGAAUGGUGGGGAGGGGAGGAUAAGGCUGUAGUUGUAGUGUAGGGUGGUUCUAUUUGGGGUUUUGGUCUUUGUGUGUGUGUUCUUGGGUAGGUAGCGUGCAUAUCCCUUCCAUCCGGUGUGGUGGUUGGUUUUGGUUUGGGCCUGCUUGCUUUUAGGGGGGGGGGCAUUGGUUGGCGUCUUUUGGGCCGAGGAUGAUUCUUCCGGAUGGGAGUUUCGACUCGGUUCAUGGCUGGUUUAUGUAUAAUUAUUGUCAGUAAUACAGCCUCGGUUUUAGAUAUCGCUAGCUUGUCGUUAGGGGAGGGCUAGUGUGUUUGUAUUAGCCAGCUUUCAU